UGUCACAAGAGCGAUGUGAGAAAUGUUGUAACGGACAAUAAAUACACCUUACCCGUGAAACGCGUCUUGAAAAAUCACGUUUCUUAUCCGCUUAUCAGCGUUGCAUCACUAGAUACAGCCGUCCCUCUCUCGGGCGCCCGGGCGGUGAGUUAGAGAAAGAGGGAAAACUAAUUUUCGGUGCGGUAAAUAAGUCGCGUUCAGUAUUCGCCUCACCUGACGCGCGAGUGGUCGGCGCCGGCACACAGCGGGCCAGUGAUGUGUGUGAUGUAACUCGAUAUCGGCAGCAAACAUGAUGACCAUGGACAUCGGCAUGUACAACAACCAGAAUGGGUAUAACGCGGAGUACUACCAGCAGGGCGCGGGCUACCAGGCGCCGUACGAAGGCUAUCACGAGGGCUACUACGAGCCGGCGCCGUACUACGAGCCGGCGCCGCAGCCCGAGCCGGCGCCCGUCAUCAGCACGGACACGGGGCUGUGCUACACGAACCUGGACUAUGAGCUGCAGCAGGGCUACCCGCUGCAGGCGCAGCCGCGGGACGCCGGGCUGCACGAGCCCAAGCUGGACGGCCACUACUUAGAGAGCAAGUACAACAUGCACUUUGUGGACGACGGGCUGCAGUACGCGCACGGCUCGGCCGAGUUCGAGCUGCCGUACGCGCCCAAGGAGGAGUACGGGCUGCGCGAGUUCCCGCGCGAGGAGAUGCACGGGCCCCAGCCGCUCGCGCACCACGCCGUGCCCACCUACAAGUGGAUGCAGGUCAAGCGGAAUGUGCCCAAACCAUCAGCGCCAAAGCUGAUGAUACCUCCAGCGGACUUCGUGAACCAGGGCGUGCUGGGCAGUCCUCAGGACGGGAUGCGCACCCCCACGGGCAACCAGAUGCUCGCCAACCCCCUCCUCAACCUGAACAACACCGGCAGAACCAACUUCACCAACAAACAGCUUACGGAACUCGAGAAAGAGUUCCACUUUAACAAGUACCUCACGCGCGCGAGGAGGAUAGAAAUUGCAUCUGCCUUGCAGCUCAACGAGACGCAAGUCAAAAUUUGGUUUCAGAACAGAAGAAUGAAACAGAAGAAGAGGAUCAAGGAGGGGCUGAUAGCGGCGCCCGACCUCGCGCCCUCCGCCUCGCACUCGGCCAUCGGCUCCAACGAGAACAGCCGGGAGUCCAGCUAGAAUUGUGUUCAGUUAUAUUGACUCGAAAGUGUGGUUCGACUGAGCGAAAAUAUCGAACGUUGAAGUACUUACUGUGUGCCAAAAUUUUACAUUAACUUUUUAACAUAACUAAGGUUUCACUUCGUCUGUCUCGUGUACAAUUUUGGCAAAUGGUACGCACGUAGCUUAAAUAUUUCCAACCGUAAUUCAAAUCGAACAAAAAGUGGCUAGACCGCAUUUUAUAUUUAAUAUCUUUGUCAAAAUAUAAGCUCAAAUAGAUUAAGCUUCAUUAUAUUGUAGACUAAAUUAAGUACUUUAAUAGUGUUUAAUAUUUUUUACAUAUUUUCUCCCAGUCUUAUUUUUCAUAAAAUGUAGUUUUUUUAUUUAACCAUUAUUUUUGUAUCGCUAGCUUUGUAUUAAUUUAUUACAUGAAAUAGUUUUAAAUUCCAUAAUGAGGUGCUUUGUUUGGUUUAUUGCGAAAUGAGAUUAUUUAGACCUAAGUUUACAAAUAGCUUUACGGAAAUUACAAUUUUUGAGAAGGACUAAGGAAAUAAUAAUAAAGUUCGUUCUAAUAAACUUUCUGCGUGCAGAAAAUAUUAUUAGGAUUGUCUUAAAACAUAUUUUUAACAAAUUUUUAAAGAGCUGCGAGCCCGGCUUCGCACGGAUAGAUUUAUUUAUGUAGUUUUCUAAAUUUUUUAUAGUCACUUUUCCAACACUUACGGAGACAAAUAAACAUAUUUGAUUUGAUAAAUAUUAUAACCUUUCAUCAGCUAUUGAGUAUGUAACUACCUAUAUAUUAGUUCUUAUAGAUUUUCUUCUUGUCCUUGUCCUUCUCAACCAUGUAAGACAAUUCGUCAACUCAAUUUUAUAUGUUUGUACCGCUUCUUCAUUUCUGUAUAGCAUAUUUUUUUACUUUACCAAAGCUGUUGAUGAUUAUUUAUUAAGCGUAUUGUGUUUAGGUAUUGUACAGGUUUAGAGAUAUAGCGCUACCAUAGCUGUAUAUAUGACCGAUGGUCUGUAGAUCGAUUGUGUGUAUAUUUUGUAAUCUAAGUUCAGAACUAUCAAUAAAUUAACUAUUUUCAAA